UAGAUUUAUCUAUAAAAUCACAACCAAAAAACGGAGCAUAACCGCCCGAACGGGAGAGAGAGAGGGAGACAGAGAGAGAGAGAAAGAGAUUGUGGAAGCUCGAAAACUCAUUCAUGAAUAUGAUAUGAUGUAUGUAAGCAUUCGCCUCGCUCUCCGCGUCUCCUCUCUGCACAAUUAUUGCGUGUCGAACAAGCUAACUCACUGAGUCACUCACAGCAGUCAACACCGAGCCUUCCUGUUUCGUCCUCUACUUCUUCUCUUCUAGUCUCUCGCAAUGGUCCUGCUCUCGCAGAUUCGCAACAAUGGUGACCGGAGCUUCUCCUGUGCUCUCUCCGUUGCUCACGACGACGACCUCAUCGACUCCACUGAAACGCCGCGUUUCAGCGAGGACCUUGACUCCACCUGCUCUACGCCUUACGUCAGUGCUCCUUCCAGCCCCGGCCGUGGGGCUCCCACUGGUUACUUCUAUAGUGCGCCUGCGAGUCCCAUGCACUUCAUGCUAUCUUCUGCUCCGUCAACCACAUGCAAGCCAUCCGAGCCGGCAGCGUUUCUGCCUGACACGUCGUCGUCCGAGUUUGAGUUCUCGUCGCGUUUCUCAACCAAUGGUUCUAUAGCUGUUGGAUCCAUGAGCUCUGCCGACGAGUUGUUCUUGAAUGGACAGAUCAGGCCCAUGAAGCUUUCCACGCACCUGCAGAGGCCACAGAUCUUGGUCCCCUUGCUGGAUCUUGAGGUCGAGGAAGAUGAAGACAAUGAUAAGAACGAUGACGAGUUCAAGCAGAGUGACGAGUCGGUGAAGCGAGGGAGAGAUCUGAAGCUCAGAAGUAGAUCUCUUCAUAGAAAAGCGAGAUCGCUAUCACCUCUUCGAAGUGCAGAGUUCCAGUGGCACGAGGAGGAGUGCAAUAGAGAACGAGAUGUCAGCGAGCACAGUUUGGAGUUACGAGAUGAUGAAGAGACGAAACAGAGCGAGUCGACUCCGUCCGAUUCCAGUUCGUCGUCACGGUCGUCGUCCUCUGGUAGGAACUCGAAGAAGUGGAUAUUCUUGAAGGACCUGUUGUAUAGAAGUAAGAGCGAAGGGAGAGGAAACGGGAAGGAAAAGUUCUGGUCGUCCAUUUCUUUCUCCCCUUCGAAAGAGAGGAAGCUCCAUCCACCUCCAUUGACCAUCUCCAGGGAGGAGAAACUAUCUCUUUCCUCUGAUAGUAAUAGCAGUAAUACUACAGAUGUCAAAAAGCAAAAGCCGAAGCAGAAGCUGAAGGAAGCUAAACAGGUUUCUGGCAAAAAGCCAGCUGUAGGGAAACUGGCUAAUGGCGUCGCAAAACGACGUGUUCCUCCAUCGGCGCAUGAGUUGCACUACACAGCGAAUAGGGCCCAAGCGGAGGAGAUGAAGAAAAGGACCUUCUUGCCGUACAGGCAUGGACUAUUUGGAUGCUUAGGAUUCAGUUCAAAAGGGUACGGUGCGCUCAAUGGACUAGCGAGGACCUUGAAUCCAGUCUCGUCCAGCUCUCUGCAGGAUGGUGAUGGUGGCAUCUACUGGGGUCUCUUCUCUUGUCUCGUUGUUUUGAUGUGCUUGUGGAUGGAUUUUUUCAGACAUAUAAUUGAGGGAUUACUCAAGUAGUAGGGGAUAUCAGUGGACCCUUCACUGUAAUCUGACCACAAGCCACCCAAAACAAUCCCAAUGUUCUUUUCCACACGCUUCAGCGAUUUGAGUUCUUGCGAUUCUAAUUGCUUCUCCCCCCUUUUGAUAGAAUCGUACAAUGGAAUCGCCGUUAUCAUUGAACCUAAAGAUUUUUAGGUCAUAGUUUUAUUUUUUUAUUUCAGUUUCGUGAGUGGAAAUUAGUUUAGUUAGGGGAUAUAGGUUAACAUUAUAUCUCUCUGUAUGAUUAUUAAAA